AUGCGGAGUAUUCAUCUCGUUGCUCUAACCGUGACGGCCGUUCAAGUGGAACUGGCCCGCGGCCUGUGGUAUGGUACAUCAUCUGGCUGUGUGGAUCGACCCGGCUUCAAGUUAUGCACACAGCGUGUCUACGACUCAGGUGUCGACUGCCGAAACGAUUGUGGCGACAAUGACGACGACUGCUACUACGACUGUCGCUGUCUGGAGUCGCAGCACAUGAUCAAUUGUAUUGCAACGAGCUGUUGGAACGAGGUAUACUCCUGCGCAUACCAGCGCCAAGCUCUUGAGCUUCGUGCCGUCUGCGCUGAUGUCGAUAUGGAUCAAAUCCCUUUCUUCCCCGCCCCGGACAACGCCCCCGGUGGAUGUGCCUGUAACAUAGGCCAAGUUUUAAAGAAACAAGACCUCAUUACGAGUCAUGCCGUGGAUUGCGGGCUGCCCGAAACAGAGCUGGAACAAGACCUGCGCGGAUGUCAGUGCUGCACGAUGAGUGCCCUGAUCUCUUCAAUCUGGGAUACCUGCCCCGACACUGAUCCGAAUUAUAUCACCGCUUCCUACUGGAAUGAAACCUUGUUCAGUCCGUACGAUUGGGAUACCUGUGGGCCGACCCUGCGGGAAUACGAUUGCGCCAACACCUUAGGGUUUGGGGCCGACUCUGCGGGAGGCAUAAAGAAUUUCUACAGUCCGGACAACGUCCCCGAGAAUGGGACAGGGCCUUUGACAAACACGGGGGUUUCCAUCACCACGCCUAUCAGCGGCAGUACUUUUACCUGGACGUUUGGCCCAUCGACGUACGCUAUCAUGGCGGCAGCGAAUGCCACCACGGUUUCCUCGGCGAAUGUCUCAGCGACUGUUUCCUCCGCAACCACUGCCAGUUAUACGACCGGACAUGGGGCACAGGAGACGGGUGCAGGAGAGUCUGCUGCACCGAUUCUGUUGAAGCCAAGUAUUCGGGGCCUGUUUACGCUGUUGGGCUCUACAUUAUUUUUGCUGGCUUAA